AUGUCAGCCUACGGCACAACUUACCAGUCCCAAGGGUGCUACACCAUCACGGGUUACACACCUACCUGCCUCAGGCAGGAGGAAGCGUGGCUUCAUGCCACCAGCCCUACGGUGCAUGGAGAUCCGCGUCUACUACCUCACACACUUCUCAACGCUGGGUACUGUUUCGACUCCUUCCAAGAACAAAUGCCCUACGGUCAUCACAACGGGUCCCUCGUUCCCAAUCCAUAUUUCCCCUUCACUGCAGCAAUCAUGUCUGCACAAUCCACGUCUCCCUCUACGUCCCCCAUUGAGCCCAAGAUGGAAUACGUCGAUUAUGCUGGUAUUCCUCCCAGCACAUCCACGCAGCACCCAUGCGACUCUCACACUCUUGGCCCCGUCGGAAUAUGCGAGUGGAGGGGCUGCAACGUGCAGCUCGAUGACCUAUCCCACGCUGGCAUCCGCCGCCACUUCCGUGCAUACCAUGCACAACCUCGCGGGUCGACGCUGCGCUGCCAAUGGGGAGUGAACUGCCGUAGCGAGGAGAUGCUGUUCGAUAACAUAGCGAAGCAUAUCGCGGAAUGCCAUCUGAAGUCGAUGAAGAGAGAAUGCUCGACGUGCGGGAACUCUUUUGCACGCAAUGAUACGCUCAAGCGGCACCUCAAUGCCGGUUGCCCCGGACUCGUACGGCAGUGA